AAAGUCAACGGACACGAAACAAAAGCCAUAAUAGACUCUGGUAGUGUUUGUUUACUAAUCCGUCGUUCAGUAGGAAGGGAGAAAAUUGGUAAAACUGUAAAUUGUACGCGAGUGUUGCAAGGAUUUGCAGGUGGCACAUACGAACGCACCGCGAAAAUUUUAGUUUCACUCGAAAUUGAUAACGAUCGGCAUCAAGCAAAAUUAUUGGUGGUUGAUAACGACCACAUCGAUGAAGAUGUGUUGCUUGGCAGAGACGUAUUCUGUCAAAAUGGCAAACGACUGGUGAUCGAAAAUGAUAAGUGUACGGUUGAAAAAUUAAAAACAAUAUCGAAUAUUUCAUUGGAUGAACGAUUCAAAUUAAAAUCUAUAAUACAAGCAAACCGAGAUGUCUUUGCUGAAACUGUAUCGGAAUUAGGUAAAUGCGCAGUAUCGAAAAUGAAUAUUAAACUAACCGACGAUAAACCGAUAUGUAUGAAACCAUAUAGAGUGCCAUUUGCUAAACGUAAAAUAGUGUGUCGAUAUCGUGUCUGAAUUAUUUUUAAAUGAAAUUAUUCGAGACUGGUUCACCUUACGCAUCUCCGGUGGUAUUGGUGAAUCUAGAUUAUGCGUAGACUAUAGGUGUCUAAAUAAAAUUACGGAGAAAAACCAAUAUCCUAUGCCAAUUAUCGACGAAGAUUUUGCACAAUUAUCCGGUAACAAAUAUUUUACAACUUUAGACUUAAGGAUGGGAUACCACCAAAUAGAAGUGGAAGAAUCAUCGAAGAAAUUCACUGCCUUUGUAACAACGGAGGGCCAUUACGAGUACAACCGGAUGCCAUUCGGUCUUGUAAAAUAGCCGCGAGAAUGAAUCCUGGUGAAAUACUAGUAUAUUUGGACGAUGUUAUAAUUCCAAGGAAAACGGUGAACGAAGGCCUAUCGCGUUUAACAAAGCUUUUAAAACUUUUACGAGAAAGUGGACUAAAAUUAUCUAGGCCACGUAUCAAAUAAAAACGGUAUUAAGCCGGGUGAAAACAAAAUAACUGCGAUUAAAAACUUUAAUGUACCGAAUAAUAUUACCGAAACUAUACGUUUUUUGGGUUAACCGGGUUUUUUCGAAAAUUUGUGCCCGAAUACGCCCUGAUUUCAAAACCCAUUACUAAACUCCUCGCAAAAAGAAAUGAACCUUUCAAAUGGGGUCAAGAUCAACAAUGUUCAUUUGAAGAUUUGAUCGAACGCCUAAGCAACGCUCCUGUUCUCGCGUUGUAGGAUAGGAUGGCCGAGCAUGAGACACACCGACGCAUGUAGUGUCGGCCUGGCCGGUCGUUACUUCAGUCCAACGACAACAAAGCAUGGAAACCUGUAUUUUAUUUUAGUAGACAUUGUACUCCGGUAGAAAGUAAAUACCACGCUUAUGAGCUCGAGGUGAUCGCCGUAGUUGAGUCCCUCGAGCGAUUUCGAAUGUAUGUUUUGGGGAAAAAGUUUAAGUUGGUGACGGAUUGCUCCGCCAUAGCAAAAGUCAAAGCAAGUAAAGGGUUAAAAUCCCGAAUUUCCCGAUGGUGGAUGAAAUUCUUAGAGUACGACUUCGACACCGUUCAACGUCGAGGAACCCGUAUGGCUCAUGUCGACGUUUCAGCCGCGCACCAGAUCGAAUGACGUCGAAACGGCCGGACUGGCCAUGAAAGUUACUGCUACGUCCGACGACUGGCUGUUAACUAUGCAGCUGCAAGAUCCAAUGUUAACAUCGGUGGUAAGUGUUCUGAAGAAAGAGAAAAUAUCCGAUCAAGAAACCCAUAUCCAGAAAGUUUGCGAAUUAAAAGAUCAUCGAUUAUAUCGUCGCACCGAAGAAGGUUUACGUUUUGUGGAACACUUUGCUGCCGACAAAACAAUUCAACGAAUAAGAUCACAUUUUUUGUUUCUGAAAAUUCGCAAGUACAUUAAAGAUUACUCAGCAGCAUGCCCAAAUUGUUGCUAUAAUAAAUCACGCCACGGUAUGUCAGAGGGUAGUCUACAUUAUAGCGAACCUGAACCCAUACCAUUUGGAUCAUCUGGGACCUUUCAUAAAAAGCAGCCGAGGUAAUUGCUAUAUUUUAUCAAUAUCCGACGCAUUCUCAAAGUAUUUGGUUGUUAAGCCGGUACGAAAUACGAAAACUGCUCCAGUAAUAAACACCUUAAACGAGAUGACAAGUUAUUUUGGGUACUGUAACGUGAAUUGCAUUUAACAUGUUAAAACCGCCGUACGUACUCGGGGAGCCAACGGUCAGGUUGAGCGAGCCAACCAAAAAAUUUUUACUUAUCUUCGAACAACAACCGAGAAACCGAAAGAGUGGGAUGGUAUACUGCGUAACGUCCAGUGGUCUAUCAACUCACAACGCAACGAUACAUCUGGUUACUCGCCAAAUGAAUUGAUCUUCGAUUUCCGUCUUCGCGACAUUGUACAAAAUCGACUUAUUGCCGCUAUUCACGAUACAACCGAUGCUUCGCUUAAUCCGCAACAAAUCGACGAAAGACAACAGCAAGCGCUUCUUAAUAUUACUCAAGAGCGUGAGAAGUGGAAACAGCGUUUCGACGAGAAGCAUCGCAAACCCACAGAGUAUACUGAAGGUAGUCUCGUCGUUAUUGAAAAUGAACCUGCAGCAACCGGCGACUCGAGAAAAUUAGAACCUAAGUUUCGUGGCCCAUACGUCAUCACCCGAAGGUAGGGAAACUACCGAUAUCUGGUAGAUGAUAUACGCGUUCUCAAGAUUACGAAUCGAAAAUUUUGUUCUGUAUUCAGCACCGACAAGAUUAAGCCCUGUUGUCGUAAUGCGCCCGAGUUAGACGACUUCAAUGAGUCAGACGACGAUGACCCGAAUCAAAUCGCGGACGAUUUGGUGUCAGUAUGACAUUAACAUCGUCAUCACUAUUAGUGUAAUUACUAGUUGUCGCUUUUUCUUUGUUAAUGACCGAUAUAGGCUUCUUUACGGAUUUAACAUUAGGAAAUUGCACAAGAUCCACAAAAUUUUGUUAAACAAAAA